CGGCUCAGCCACUGCCACAGCCCGGCAUGGGGACAGCCAGCAAGGUGGUCUGUGCCCUCCUCAUCCUCUGCACGCUGUGCUGGCACAGCCUGGCUCAGAGAGCUCCAGCCAUGCCGGACAAGUGCUGCUUCAACUUCCAGACCAGAAGGAUCAAGAGGGACAACGUGGUGGCCUGCUACCCCACCAGCCCCGAGUGCCCGCACCAGGCUGUGAUCUUCAAGGUGAGGAACGGGAAGGAGAUCUGCACCCAGGCCAGCAGGGCGUGGGUCAAGAGGUACCAGCAGAGCUUCCGAGUCAGCUCCUUCUCCAUCCCCAGCUAGGGGGCUGGCUGGGGACAGCCCUGUGGGGGACACCACCCUGGCAGAGGGGACACUUCUGGAUGGAGCAGCUCACAAGGAUGGACAUCCUCCCCGCCACCAUGACCCUCAGCACCUCCCUGAGGGCAAAGGGCCUCUGCCAGCCCAGCAGGAAGGAGAGCCCAGACCCUCUGUGGUCCAUGGAGAGGCUGCAGCAGUGGGGAGUGAAGGGGGAGCAGCUCCACAGUUGUUUUUUGCCGUUUUUUGAACAGAAUUAAACGUGAUUUCCACAUGCAAACAUCUGUCCGUGCGAG